AUGGACAUGGGUCCUGUCUUGUACGAGGCUCAUAGUCCAACUGUGAUGCCAUACAACAGGAGUCUUAGUGUCACCAGUGAGAAGUUGUGCAGAGCCCAACAUGAGCUUCACUUCCAAGCUGCCACCUAUCUCUGCCUCCUACGCAGCACCCGUGAACAUGUGGCUCUUCAUCAGGAGUUUCAUGGCAAGGGUGAGCGCUCAGUGGAGGAGUCUGCUGGCUUGGUGGGUCUCAAGUUGCCCCAACAGCCUGGAGGGAAGGGCUGGGAGCCAUGAAAUGGAGGUUCCUUGGAUGCUGCCUUCAUACAAGAAUUUAAUCAUUUCUAUCAAUAUGUAUUUAUCAUUAAAAUUUUUUUUUAAGUUUA